GCCGCAGUGACGCCUCCCCGCCCCGAGGCCGCGGGGAUGGACGCGGAGCGCGCUGCCGGCCGGGACAGCGCCGAGGGAGGAAGAGGAGGACUGGGUGACUUCGUGUCUGCCCUUCCUCCCGAGAUCAUCUCCCGGAUUUUCAGUGGGCUGGAUGUCGAGAGCUUGUGCCACGCGUCCGUGACGUGCAAGGUCUGGCACCGCGUCAUCGACAGCAACGAGCGGCUGUGGCGGCACCACUGCCUGGCCAUGCGCGCAGUCUGCCAGCGGGAGAUCGACUGCGACCGAGGGAAUGGCUAUUCCUGGAAGAUUACAUUGUUGAGAAACUACUGGAAAAGUAAAGUGAAGCAAGAAUGGCUUAGUGGGAAAUACAGCAACAUUCCUUCACAGUUCAGCUUGCCAGAGAAAAGCAUGUAUCCAAUGGAUGUCGACACAUGGGGAGAAAUCUUGGAAGCAGAACUUGAGAGAUGAUAAACCAGUGCUGAUUCUUGCAACUCAGAUAGCUUUUGCCAAUAGCAGACACACUGUUCAGCAGUUGUGAAACUGACUUUGAACUGAUUAUGAAUUUAUGAUGAAAACUUCUCAAAAAAAAACGUUAUGGGUGUCUUUAUUAAAUUUGCAUUUUACUGUAAUAAUUUUAUGUAACAUUCUAAAAACAACUAAAUAUUCAGCUGUAAUUUAUAUUUAUGAUUGUAAUGUUCUACUGCACUGUCAAAAAUAUGCUGAUUAUAAUUUCAGUUUGCACUUUUUGUUUUGGAAGAGAUGAUUUUUAUAUUAAAAAACCCCCCAAAAAAAAAAACCAACCCACAAAAAAAACCCAAAAACCAACCAACCCCCAAAAACUCCCAAGGUGUGUUUGACCUUUCAACAUGAAGUGUAUUGUAUCAGCAGCACAUGAGAGCCCGCAAAGGACGCAAAGGAAGGCUGGGGAAGGGACAGAUCCAGACACCGGAAAGAAUCCUCUGCGCAGCAAUGCUCCAUCCCCCUCCGAGCCGAAAGUGAGAGAGAGAGCAAGGAGUUGAGCCCAACCCCUCAUCUCCUCGCUGUAUCUCUGCCCUUUCCAAGGAAAAACAAACCCUCACCUGCGAGAGACUGCAGCCAGCUGCUCCCCCUCCGUCUUGGCUACAUGUUUUGUCUCUCUUAAGUACCAUCGUUAUCAUUUCUUAGUCAACAGAUGGGAAAAAAAUCCCUGAGAAAAAAAGGGGAAAGAAAAAGAAAAAGGAAAAAUCCUAACCUCCAACAAGUGUAAUUCAGAGUAAAGAGCAUUCCUAAAUAUAGAGGAUGUAGCAGAAAAAUCAGUGAAUUGCAAACUCUGCUUCCAGUAUUGUUAGUUGUUCUACUCCAAGAUUAUAUCUAGCUAGCUCAAAUUAAAAAAAAAAAAAAAAAAAAAAAAAAAAAACACAAAAAGGCAUACCCAAGUACAUUGAGGGUACUGCUUCACUCCCUGCUCACAGCAUGUUUUACCCUGACUUAAGAGAGCUAAAAGUGCAAAAAGUGCAUCUAAGUUAAGCAAGAUGAAAACAAUACUAGCAGAACAUUCUCAUCACCUCAAAUCUGCCCAGUUUUUUUUAAUCAUAGCAUAAGGAAACUGCUCAAUAAUGGAUCUAGUUCCUCACUUUUCUCAUCCAGCCUUCACUGUUACCUCUAGCCUGUAACUCCCUGACAUUUAUUCCUUAUUCCCGCUCCUUUCAUGCCCUUAUGCUGUACGUUUCGUGUAUUUGUCUCAGGAUACAGUUUGUAAAUAGAAUAAUAUUCAGCUAUGAAUCCUAAAACAGUUACUUCACUGUGCACUUGGCUGUAGCUUUUCCCCACUCUCGAAUGAGAAUUAAGAAUCCCCAGUAUCUGUUGGGUCUCUGCCUCUAUUCAGAUCAGAUGGCUGUGCCUCUUUAAAAGCAAGGAAUUAAACAUGCAGCUAUGCAAUUACACAAGGCCUGCAUCUCUAAAGCUGUAGUACCAGUGGUGUAUAUUUCUUGUUAAAAAUCUAUUAGUGAGAAAAAAAAUAUUUAAGUACAAAUCCACAUAAAAACUAAGUCUUCUUCCUCUCCUUACUCUGACUCUUUCCUUUUGUAGUGUAUGGUAGAGAUAAUUCGUGCUAUAUAUGUAUAAAUAUUGUAAAAGUCCGAAGUUUUUGACCACUCUGGCUGGGAGCAGAGUCUUAUUUCCAUUCAGUCAGUUCCCGGACAACAUUAAGAUAAUAUCGAGUCUGUUAACAUAUGAAUGAAACAUUCCUGGGCGUGGUUGCUGACUUCCCUGGCAUCUGCACCUGGGAAGAUUGCAUCUACACCUUCCUGGACCAUGAUUGCUGGAAUGUCUAAGCUACUCACCAGGCCUGCACGGAGAAGGUUACAUCUGCUGUGCUCAAGAACUCUGCUACAUAUGAAUACAGACUCUAUCUAGAUGCUCAGACAUCCGACUGGAUCCCUGGACCUACCUUUGUCUGUUCCUGCACAUGUAUGGAUUCAGUUCUACAUGUGAAGAGACACAAAGAAACAUUCGGUCAUUCCUGCCUCAGGCAGAAUAAACAUUCGGUCAUUCCUGCCUCAGGCAGAAUGCUGCUUGAAGCAUUCCGGGUGAACCACUGGGUGAACCACUGGGGAAACGCUGACACUUUGUCAGUCAGAUCCUGGUUCAGCCAGCGCCGACACCCGGGGUUGACGCUGCCCGAGGCCGUGGGGGAUUUUUUCUCAAAAUUCUAUUUUGUUAACGAUCUAAGAAAUGUUUGUUAACUUUUUUAUAAA